AUGGUAUUCAGCAGCGCGGCGAUGAUAGCGGUGGCUGACGUUUCAGCCGACACAUGGCUGCGGAUGAGAAGGGUUCCAUCGUCGGAGAUUUCGAAUACUCAACAGCUUUGUUGCUUCCCGCUUGGUCAUCUCGUUCUCUGUCUAUGGGAGUUUCUGUGUUUCCCAAUAUCAGAUUCAUACGACGACGAUUUCUCUUCUUCUUCUUCUUCUUCAGAUGAUGAUGAGGCUGAUGAUGAAGAUAUGCUUGCUUUCGAUCAUAAUAGGUAUGCCAAUGAUUAUCCUGAUGAUGAUGGUGCUGAAAGUUAA